AUGGAUCCAAUCACAGCACACGGGCAUUCUCUUCCUCCUCCUUUCCACACAGCAAGAGAUCUCCACCUGCACCACCAGCCACAGCAACAUCAACAUCAAUUCCAAACUCUAAACCAAGCCACAGAAGAUGAGCAAAGCGGAAGCAGUGGAGGCCUAAACCUAACCCAGAAAAGGGAACGUGAAGAAACAAGCAACAACAACAACAGUAGCGAAGGAAAAGAACUUGCAGGUGAAGGUGAGAUAUCAAGAAGGCCUCGAGGAAGACCAGCUGGGUCAAAGAACAAACCGAAACCACCCAUUAUCAUCACACGUGACAGUGCUAAUGCUCUAAGAACCCACAUGAUGGAAGUAGCAGAUGGUUGUGACAUCGUUGAAAGCGUGUCAAACUUCGCUGGAAGGCGCCAAAGAGGGGUUUGCAUCAUGAGUGGCACUGGAACAGUCACCAACGUUACUCUCAGGCAACCGGCUUCUUCCGGUGCUGUUGUCACUCUUCACGGAAGGUUCGAGAUCUUGUCCCUUUCUGGGUCGUUUUUGCCGCCACCGGCUCCACCGGCUGCUUCCGGUUUGACCAUUUAUUUGGCGGGUGGACAAGGACAGGUUGUAGGAGGAAGUGUUGUGGGCACACUGGUUGCUUCGGGGCCUGUGGUGAUUAUGGCUGCUUCGUUUAGCAACGCUGCUUAUGAGAGACUUCCUUUGGAAGAUGAGGAUCCUUCGAUGCCAAUGCAAGGAGGUUCAGUUGGAUCUCCUAGUGCAAGUGGUGUUGCUCAACAACAGCUUUUGGGAGGAGAUGCUACUGCUCCACUUUUCCAUGGUUUGCCUCCUAAUCUUCUCAAUUCUAUUCAAAUGCCAUCUGAAGCAUUUUGGCCAUCUGCACGCCCUCCAUACUAA